AUGAGCUGCCAAUGGGUUACAAAUCGCGAGAAAAAAGAGGAGGAGAAAACCACAAAAUACGGACCGCUCCGUUGGGAAUUGAAGCAGAAGCAACAAGGAUAUGAAUUGAAACAAUACAUUAUCAUAAUGGACGUACUAGGGGGAUGGUGCCGAGACUUAGGGCCUGUUUACAUGGAGGUGGGGGACCCCAGGGAGGUGAGGUAACCCGCUUAGGUGGGGUAAAAAAAUAACCCUCCUUUACAUACAAUCUUACAACCACGCCAUCUCGGGGUGCACUUUCUCAAGAUUAUUGAAUGGUCGCUAAGCACUUAAACGAGAAAUAUGCUGGCAAAUCAUGUGCUUUGGCGAUUAAUGCUCUUCUACACUAACUUGCUGCCCUUGCUACAACCUUUAGUGCUGUGGCUUUCUAUUUUUUCUUUUAAUAAUGAUGCAAAACUACCGCCAAAGUGAAUUCUGCUCGAAUUUCAUGUAUCACGAUUCGGACCCCGGCUAGGCGGGUUACCCCACCUUGAACGUUUAGAUGGCAAAAUUUGACCCCGGCUGGGAGGGUUACCCGGUCUGGUAGACCGGGCUACCCGCCUUGGCGGGUCACUCUACCUAUCAUGUCAACGUGAUCAAAUUAAAAUGAGAGAUCAUAUGGACAGGCAGGUUACCCCACUUAAGCGGGUUACCUCACCUACCUGGGGUCCUCCACCUCCAUGUAAACAGGUGCUUAGAAGCCAAGCUAAAGGAGUUGGUCUGAAGUAAGAGUAAGGGAGUUUUUUAUAACAUGCAGAAGGCUGUACUUUCGGGAACGCUAAACAUCGCUCGGACGUAUAAAGUUGCAACAUGA